AUGAAUAACGUUGAAAUCGAAGACUUUUAUCACCAUGAUUUUACUACAGCUUCUGAAUGGGAAGUGUUUAUAGCGAGAUUAGAAGAAAUUAUGCACGAAUGGAAGCUGCCCAAUACAAAAAUUGGUCGUUGUUUAAAAUCUGGAGACUUUGUCAACUGUCAAUGGGAAGAGAAUUCGCAGAAGCUUCAUUUUGCUGAUGCAGAAUUUAUAUUGAAACACUUUAAAUUGAAAUUGGAAGAUACAGAUGUUCUUAAUUCUACCAAAGAAAGUGAAGAAGAAAAGGUACAAUGUCAUAAAGAUGCGCUAAAUGCAUCCAAUGAUUUUGCUAGAAUUGAUGGGAAUCAUUUGGAAAUAGCUCGCUAUUACAGUGUCAGGGAAUUCCUUGUUUUGCAGUCUGUCAGAAAAGAAUCUGUAACAGAUGAAACAAAAAUUAAAAUUUUACUUAGUUCUCUUGCAAUUGCUGCUACUAAUGCUAAUUGCGAUGUACCUACAUUAGUGCAAGUGCAAGAACCAUGGCAGAAAAUGUAUCUUGGUACUAGUAUUGGGAAAGGGGUUUGUACCCAUUUCAACAUGGUACACUUGAAAAAGAUACCUCCUCACUGCAAGUAUCUCACUGGAUUACUUGCUCUAUUUAAACAGAAAGUUGGAGAAGGUUGUGGAGUGAGACUCGAUCCAGUAAUGAUAUCUAUAAGAUUUUCGUAUUUAUUAAAAGAUUGGACUAAUAGCACUUGGACUCAAGAACCCCCAGAUUUUGAUUUUAUGCAAGGAGAAACAUUAGGUGUUGCUGAACUUGGGAAACUUCCAUUUGGGGCAACAUAUGAUCCGAUUGCGGAGCUGCAUUUAUUUACGACAUGGCCUGAAAUGUCAGAAAACGUUGUAGUUGAUAGCGAAGGUUUUACAGAUCUGGAACCACAGUUAGCACCUGAAUGGUCCGUUCAAGUGAAAAUGGUUUCUUCGCCAGCCUGUUUACUUGGGGAAUACUUAAUGGACUUUUUGCAUCUUUGCAACAAUCAAAAAACUAUGGUAGAUCUGCUUGGGGAUGCUGUGCUUUAUGCCCAACAAGAUGAUCAAUCGCUGAGUUCAGUUUUUAACAUAUUAACGGAAUCUAAAAUACCAACAAUUUCAACAGUUGUUAGCAAAGCAACUACGAAAAAGAAUAAGAAUGUAGGAGGACCGAUCCCAGAGGAAAUAUUAUUGUCUAUACUUUAUUUUCUAUUUCCUGAUGCAGAUGAAAAUACGAAAGCUCCUUACGGUGAUUUGACGAUAUGUAAUGUGGAUGAAGAUCAGUGGAAAGGUGUGAAAACCUGUGUAAUGGAUAGCUUAGUGUGGCGGCUUGCUAUUGUUGCAGCACACUGUACGCAUAAUCUUGGAGGAAUGACAGCACUGGCACAAUUGUGGUACGAGUUUGUACAAGAAAUCAGGUUUCGAUGGGAAAAGAACAUCCUCAUUCCAGGAAUCAGUCCAGGAUUUCCGGAUCCCGUGCGGACCUGCAUAUUGCAUCAAAAGCUUCAGAUGAUGAACUGUUGUAUCGAGAAAAAGAAGGCCAGGGAAGAAUCUGCACAUAGGUCUCAAAGCAUGGACACUGACGACUUUGAAACAGAGUCGGAAGAAGAAGAGUUUUUCGAGUGCACCAGCGAGGAACCAACAAAUGAGGACGAUUCGGUGACAAGGACACAGCUGAAAGCGAAACAUCUAUUAUGGAACAAGCCAGCAGGAAGAUUAGCCAAGCAUCCUUCGUUCAAGUUAAUUCAAAGCGGAGAUCCUCUUUACUUACCGGUAACUCAGGAUCCCGUGCCAAAAACUGAAGAUCAGCUUGAGGAAGAUGCACAAGUUAUGAUGCAGCUUGGAACUGAUAAACAAGCUUCAGAAAUGCGGGCUAGAUUAAUGAGUGCUUCUUUAUUAUCUGAUAUGGAGUCUUUCAAGGCAGCAAAUCCUGGAGCAGUUUUAGAAGAUUUUAUUCGAUGGUAUUCCCCAAGAGAUUGGGUAGAAGAUGAUGGAACAGAUGAAUGGGGUCAACCUACAGGACAUUUAUCAGCAAGAAUGCUAAUUCCAAAUAACCCAUGGUCUACAAGCUGGAAUUCAGCUCAACCUGUUCCUGCGCAUCGACAGAAAAGAUUGUUCGAUGAUACAAGGGAAGCAGAAAAGGCUUUGCAUUUUCUAAGUUGCAAACGUAUAGGACAAAUCACACAGUUUCUAUUACCGACUUUAAGUCACGCAGCGCUUUAUACUUUAAGCCAACAAAAACAAGAUGCUUUACCAAAUUUGCCUGAUGUUGCACUCAGUAUAUUAAACAAACUGCAGUAUGCGACAAAGCCUAUUCAUCAAAAACUACACUUGUACGAGGAAAUUACUCGCGACAUUGAAGGAAUUGAAGCUCUGGUUGCCCAAGUAAACUCCUUGCAACACAAACUGGGAGGAAAUGAUGAUUCAAAAGAGUUUACUUCAUUUCUGAUACAGUUGAUGCGAGGAAAAGAAGUAGAAGUGCCAGGUGGAUCCAGAGGAAAUAUUGGCUCUCGAAUAACAACAAUGUUCAGAGAUGCUCAAAAAGCUGCCCUCGUAAUGACUUCUCUCAACAGUAAUGCUGAUAUAGAUGCAAUUGGAGAGAAUAAACUAAAAACAUUCCCUGAACCUUCCUGUAAAGAGUUUAUCUUGCGUAUUGUAACACCAAGACCUUCACCAACCUCCACACCACAACCACAGAGAAUGUAUGCGUGUCUCAAACGGGAUUAUAUUCGCCUGGCUGGAUUUUUCUCUGAGGAUUCCAUAUUUUUAUAGUCUAUAUUUCUAAUGAAUUCAUUUGAUUUCUUACUAAAUGCUGCUAGAAAUCAGUACCUGUCUUUCAGUUUUUUCAGUCGCAGUGAAAUAUUUUCAUUGAAUUUGUAACAAAAAAGGAAAAAACAGUGCACAGUAUAAACAAA